CUGUGGGAAAUCGGUCAUUUGCCCAAUCAUAUUAACUUAUCAUCUUAUGAUGUACACGCAGUGAAAACCCUCAUUGGAUAUAUCCAAAACGAAGAACAAAAAAAUAUUAAAUUAUCAUUUUAUGCUUUGGCGGAUCUGCUCGAUCUAUCUCGAUCACUGCUAAUACCCGGCCUUCUGAAACAACUUGAAGCAGUCCUUAUCGACUUGGCAACACAAAAGAUAGAUGCCUUAAUGCAAGCACUAAUAAUAGUCGGUGGUGAGCGUUCGAUUUGCGGCGGUCUUGCGGCUCGCUUAAAAAUUGAAGCAAUUGCGGCUGCUCAGUUUCAUGUGCUCGUUGCGCACAAACUUUUUGGUUAUAUUCCACCAAUUAUUUUUGCGAAUAUUAUCAGUCGGUAA